AUGUCUUUAAAAAAGAAAAAGUUAUCUCAUCAGGAUGAUAGCUGCUCCAUUCAACACCAGCAAUUAUCAUCAGAAAAUCAUUCCUCCAAUAAUAAUAAUAGAAAUAACUCUCAGCAGCAGGCUGGACUUGUUUCCGAUACUCUGAUUCUAAUCGGAUCAUUUAUGGAAAUUAUAGAUAUCAUCAAAUCCAUGUCGGGAGUUUGUAAAUAUUGGAAUGAAGUAUGUGAUGGUGAUGCUUUAUGGAAGGGAUUAUUCCAUAGAGAGUUGGGAAGUGUCGAUUGGUUGAUUAGCAAAUUGAAUAAGAAUUUGCAGCAGAGUGCUUCUUCGGGUGGUACAGCCAGUAUGCACUCUUUCAAAAUUUGUCCAUUACCCAAAUGGAGAGAUAAAAACAAGAAGGAGAGAGUACAAGCACCUUCCUAUAAGAUCAUUACACAAAAGCAUUUACAUUUCAGGAAUUAUGAAAAACGGUAUUUUGGUUUUGACGAAGACUCUGCAGGUGAUGAUGAUGAUGACAAUGUAGAUGAUGAUGAUGAUGAGGUUAUGAAUGGAAAUGAAAAGAAAGAUGUUGGAGUUUUGAAAAAGUCAUCUUUGAAAAGAAGUAUUGAGGAAGGUAAACAAACAAUUAUUUCUUUGGAUGUACUUAAAGAGGUUCUUGAAGAUUGUUAUGGAGUGAAUAGAUUUUGGUUGAGUUUGUUCAAAGUAGUAGCUGCUAUGAUCCCAAUACAGAGCUAUAAAUUGAUGACUGAAAAACAAAUUAUUCAACCACUUGACAAUGUAACGCCAAUGGUGAGUUCAAAGAAGAAGGAUGAUGAUGACGACGAUGACGACGAUGACGACGAGGAUGAAGACUAUGAUGAAGAUGAUGAGGCUGAUAAUCAAAAGGAGGAUGAUCAAUCAGACGAAGAAAAAGAAAAGAAAUCUGCAAAUCAAAAACCAAAAGACGACUUUUUCAAACGUGAUUUCAUGUUCAAAGGUAAAAAGAGCGAAGAGGCAACAGAACAUCUCAUUUCAAAGAAUUAUUGUUACUUUACAGUGAGAUUGGAACAAAUAUUGGAUGUCAUUUUUGGAAGUGAGUUGGAAAAUGCAACACUUUUACAACAGGCUCUGUAUAUUGAUAUCAAAACUCACAAACUUGCUGUCAUUUUGAGUAUAUUUGAUAGACAUGGAAUUGUUUUGAAUUAUUUCGGAUCAGAUUCUAAUGCAACAGAGAAAUACUUGAAUAAGAUUACAGGACAAUUGGCCAUUCAUGCCCAAAACAUUACCAAUUAUGUUCUUUCAAAGAAGACUCGUCCAGCACUUCCUAGAACUCCCUAUGUGACAGAAUGUGACACGAUGUGUGAAGAUUCAAUUUAUCAACCUGAUUCAGUUCAUCAUAACGAGGAAAAUAUUAAGAAAGCAAAUGAUGAAGAAGAAGAGAACAAUGAUGUCAAUGACGACAAUGAUGGUGAAGAACGUGAAAGCGAUUUACCACUCUAA